UAAAAAACCAGUUUGUUCAUUCCCGCAGCGGAGUUUGUUAGAAGCGGAUAUUUAAAUGCUUUGUCCACACACAAACUACGGAAAAUUUAAAGAUCCCUCCAAAUGAAAGCAGAAUGGAACUUCGUGACUUGUGUAGAUUUUGUGCCACGAACGCCGCAGACCCGCAAAUCCAGCUUUUUUCCCGGAAGGACCCGAAUUUGCGCGAAAUUGUCGAUAAAUUCUUCCCAAUUAAGAUUUCCGACACAGACGACUUACCAAAGUGCAUUUGCAAGGCUUGUUUCGCCCAAGUUCUCAUCGUGAAGGAAUUUUUCGAGAAUCUCUUGAACGCCGAUGCGGUUCUUGCGGCAAAACUCGCGGCGCAGGAGCGCGAAAAAGCGACAAGGAUCAAAAUUAUCUCGGAAAAACUCGUGAGACUGCCAAUUUCCGUGAAAAAAGUGCCUGUAGCGUUGCAGAAACCUGUUGCAAUGCCGUCUGAAACGCCAAAUCUCGAAGCGACAAAGCCCGUUCUCGACAUUUCGCACGUACUGAAUCGACUCAAAGGAGUCACCGUGAAAAAGACAAAAGUUUCUGUCAGUAUUGAUGAAGUCACGACGCCGCCUGUGCGUCGCACCUCGUCUCGAAACAAAUCUGUGAGCUACAAUAGUGAGGAUCUCAAAGCGUCGACACCCCCGAAGGAAGAUUCCGACGACGAGGAAUACAAACCGCGAACGCCCCGCACAACGCCAAAGAAGCGGAAACUCAGUAACGGACGUUCGCCCAGCUCGAAGCCGAUAAUUAAGAUGGUGCUCAAUAAUGGGCCCGCUUACGUUUGUACGACGUGCAAAAGUCGCUUCGACUCCUUCGAAAAACUCAAAACGCACAUGACCGAAAGCCAAAAGUGCAAAGAUGCCAACGUUACUUGCCAAGUGUGUGCCAAGGUAUGCACGAACCGAAAAGCUCUCUACGCUCAUUCCCUGACCCAUAAGGAGAAAACCACCGUUAGCUGCGACAAAUGCGGCAAACCCUUCGUGAAUCGCUUCAAUCUCGAAAAUCACAUGGUCUCGGCGCACGGACAACACGAAGAAACCAACUCCGUUUUCCGGUGUCGCAUUUGCGAGAAGCAAUUUGCAUCGCGAAACGAUCUUGCCGAACACAUGCAAGCCCAUCAAACCCAAGAAAGACUUUGUGAGACAUGUGGCAAGGCGUUUCCGUCGGCAAAUGCGCUGAAAGUUCACGUGCGAAGUCAUGGAGCGCAAAAUUUUCCGUGCCUCGCCGAGGGAUGCGACAAAAGUUUCCGAUCUCAAGUGCAAUUGACGCAACAUGCGCAAGUCCAUGGCGACGCGAAGCUCUUUGCGUGUCCCAAAUGCGACAAGAAAUUCACGCGGAAAAGCAGUUUGGCGCUGCAUGCGAAGACGCAUGACGUGACAACGAUGAAGGUUGCAGUUGUACCUGAACCAGACAAGGCGCCUCGUACUAUUGAGGAGACCGUUAUCAUUCAACCCACCAGCGGGCAACCGUCGAGUUAUACAUUAUCUUUUCAGAAUUUUUAGGCUAAGGAGAUUUUUUUUUGUUUUUUCUGAGAAAAAUAUUGAGAAAGUUUAAUAAAUA